ACCCCCUGACGUUCUUCACAGAAUUUAAAGUCAGUUCAUUGUAAUUCCUUUUGUGCAAAAGAGGAAGUAUGAUUUCGGGACAAUACCAAUGGCAAGUGGGUUCUUGGAAGGUGCACAUAUUCGUUCGCAGGCUAACUUGAAACUCGUUGAUUGGAAAAAAUGCCGAGCUUAUUCAAAUUCGGAGACAAAGAGGUAAAUCCGUCAGUUGGAUUUCAAACAGGAUCAACACAUAAGCAAUCUAAUGUUCGAAGAUGGCGUUGGAUUAUCGGAUUCGGAAUCUUUAUAGUAAUCGUUGUAGCUAUUGCAUUAUUGGUUUAUUUCUUGUUGAAAAAAGAAACUGGACCAUCACUGUCUCCUGAGUUCCAAGAACUGGAAGGUGACAUGAAAAGCAGCGUUGACCCAUGUAAUGAUUUCUACGAAUAUUCUUGCGGAAAAUACAUCGACCGUUACUUGCCCAACAGAUUUACCAGUCAAAAUGUCUACCGAGAUAAAUUUGCCAUCUUACAAGAAGAAAAUAUCAAGAAAGCAAAAGCAACCAUGGAGUCUAUGUCUAAAACAAAGGAUCCUUUCUUCAAAAAGGCAUAUUCAUAUUACCAAUCAUGCAUGACUGGGAGCAGACUUUUCAAUGUCUACGUAACCUCUGCACAGCAAAUCGGUGGUUCGGAUAUUACCACGUUUGGAAACUUCGACCUUUCUCGAUGGAAUCUUGAAAAUGCAAUCAAAGAUCUUAUAACAAAGUUCAAUGCAAACCCACUGUUUUCAGUGAAAAUACGGGCCGAUUUGUUUAAUACUUCAAGGAAUAUUAUAAUGAUAGACCCACCCGAUUUCAAGACGCUGUCGAAACUUGCCUCUGAGGAAGAGAUGGGAUAUUUUCCUGGUACAUAUAGUGAUGAAGUCCUCGAAGAAGACAUGGAUACUAUUUCAUUGUUUGUUUCACGAUUUGGUGACAGAAUCAGACACAAAUUCAUAGAAGAUAUAACGAGAAGCACAUCAAAGACCACGUACUACACAUGGUCGAAAGUCAAUGAAGCUGAACGGUUUGAGAUGAAAGUUAUAUCGGAUUUGCAAAGUACCUUCAGAGGAGUAAAAAUCCGUCAGAGAUAUAAAGUCAUCAGCUUGUCACAGCUAAACAACUUGACAAGUUAUCAGAUUAACUGGCUUGGACUUCUGCAGAGCAUAUAUCCUACUCAUGGUAUUUCGCUGAACACCGAGAUCGGUUUGUUUGUACCUCAAACGUAUUUGCAAACUCUAUCAACAUAUGUCAGUGCGUCUAGAAGUUUACUUCCAAACUUUUUUGCUCUGUUCUUGCUGAAGAAAUUGAGUCCUGUUCUGCCAGAUGCUUACUUUGCUGCAUACUACUUUAACGGAAAUGCAGAUGUUAUUGGAACGAAGGGAAAAGAAAGAUGGCGGGCUUGCCUCUUGGAUACUGAGACGAGUCUACCUAUGUCAGUUGGAAUGAUUUUCACAAAAGCUACUAUUACUGAUAAAACUGUUAAUGAGACAAGUACCAUGCUUAAAGAAAUACAAAAAUCAUUCGAAGAAGGCAGUACAAAUCUUACUUGGCUAGACAAAUCGACCAAAGAUGCUGUGCACACAAAGAUUCAAAACGUGAUUGAUAUCAUCUCAGGACCGAAGGUCUUCAAAGAUGGUUGGCUAGAUAGCACUUAUCGUCAGGUAGUUUCGUCCAGCGGUGACCUUGGUGGUUUUUUUCUGUCCUGCCAACGUAAUCUUGCUAGAAUGAACUUGGAGAAAUUGAAGGAGAAACCGAAAAGAGAAGAGUGGGAUUUGUCGGCUGGAUUUCCAAUUCUGUAUCAAGUGAACGCGUUUUACGAUCGAACCCGAAAUGCAAUUUCUAUUCUCUCUGGGAUUUUAAGACAGCCGUUCAUGUACAGUGAUGGACCAAACUACUUAAACUACGCAAAAAUUGGCGCCGUACUAGGCCACGAGCUUCUUCAUGGUUUUGAUAGCAAUGGAUGGUAUUAUGAUAAGGAUGGUCAGCUAGCACCGUGGUGGACGUCUUCAUCAGCUCGUGGCUUCAGUAUCAGAGAAGCAUGUGUUAAAAAUCAGUAUGAUAGUUAUGUUAUAGCUGGAAUGAAUAUUGAUGGGAACAAAACACUUGGGGAGAAUAUCGCAGAUAAUGCUGGCUUGAAAUACGCUUUCCAUGCGUAUAAAAAAUGGGCUUCUAAGAAUCCAAAAGAACGUAAACCCGAAAAACUGAAGACAUUAAGCCACGAGCAACUAUUUUUUAUAGGAUAUGGCCAGUUGUGGUGUAGGGCAGCAAGUACAUCAACAACGCGAGCAAUUCUCCUUUCCGAUAACCACAGCCCAAACCGAUACAGAGUUAUCGGAUCUGUAAGCAACUUUCCGGAAUUCGGAAGGGUAUUCAACUGUCCUUUGGGAAGUGCUAUGAAUCCCAGGAACAAAUGUGAAUUUUGGUGAAGAUGGUACAUUGUAAACAGGUCCUCUCACCAUUCUUAUUGACGACCUGGAAUCAUCACGUGAAUAAACUUUGAAUUUUAUAACUGUUAAAAUUAGCUCAGACUGAUGAGGCCGAUCUCUGAAUUUGUUCAUUUUUUAAAAGAGGAGUUUUUUAUCGUGUUACAUGCACAUCUAAGCCUGGUUUCUAUCAGUAGUAAAAGUCGUAAAUGCCGUAUCAACCCUCAAUCGUAUUUUUGCUGCUAAUGCGACUGUAUGGAAGUAUUCAUGCUACAGGCGAACCUGACAGGUGCGAUGUAAAAGAUAUGUUAUGUCGUUGUCGUAUGUGGUAGGAUUUAUACUGCAUUUUACAACUGGCACGACCGGCAAUUAUAACAUGUAUCAGAUACGACUAAUACAACUGAUAAGACUAUACGGAAAAUAUGGAAACCAGGACAUCAAUGAUCACACUCAUAUUUGUGUUCAAGAGUCUCUAUAAUGUAUAUGAAGUCAUUCAAGCUCUUCACCGACUCAAGAAGACAGGUUGAAAAUCGCUCAUUGACGCAAAAUAUAUAGCACAAUAAAGGUUGCCAACACAGAAUUCCUCCAACCUACCAUGUGCCCCCUUUAUAAGGGCCUGAAAGUAUUAGCUAUCAAUUUUCAUCCCAGUUCCACGUAAAAGAAGAAAAUUUCACGCAUUAUCUAACGUGAAAGGACAAGUACUUUGACCGACAGUAGAUGAGGGCCUUUUUUACAAUGCAGAAAGUUUUUAUCGGUCCUUCCUUUCUUUGUUGAAUAGGACGAUUUGAGAAAUUCUGAGUGGAUGCAAAUGAACAAAAAAUACAGGAAAACUAAGAACAUUAAUAUUGCAACAAUUAAAGUAGUCUUUCUUGUUUAAUCCGGGCCAACUAAUCAACAAUUAUAUUUACUUAGCCCGGUCAUCAAUUUUUAAGCGAUGGUCUAACCUAUCCCUAGCGAUUGAUUAUCCCAUUUCAUAGUGAUUCACUUUUAUUUUUAUUUUUGUAGUGAUUUAAAGCACAAUUAAGUAAUUGGUCGAUCUUGUUUUAGUGGUUAAGUCGUUUUUUGCCAUUUAUAAUCUUCGUAAUUGAUUGAUGUAAUGAGGAUGUAUAGAAUAAUAAAUAAUAAUAGUUAUUAUUUUAGUUUGGCUUCUCGUAUAGCUAAUUAAUUAGCUAAUUAAUGUCAACCAAAACUUAAAUUCACGUUGAUGUUAACUAAAUUGCAAGUAUAAAUCUAUCAAAAUAACUGAGAAACAA